AUGCAGUCACUAGCUCUAAAGGACUUUUACAUGGAUCAUUUUCAACUUUUGGAUGAGGACGUUGCGAGUCUGAUCCUCCGUUAUGGCUUUCUCAACGUGGAAGCUUUACAUGUCGCAACUGCCGACGAGGUUGAGAACGCAGCGGCCCUGGCACUGCAGAUGGCCGAGCCUGAGGAGCUACUUGCAAUCGCAGUGCGGCAGAGUAUGGGCCGGAAUAGGCACUUACAAGUAUCGAUAACAGCUCGGCCAUCUCAACAAACCCCCCAUGAGCCCGAGGAUUCUGACUCAGCUGCAUAUAUCAACUGGCAAGAACGAAACCGACUUUUGGCUGACAGCCCUGCUGAGUCGAACAAUGAAGCGGAACAAAGCGGCGAUGACUGCAUCAUCUGUUCUGCUGGCUACGAACCAAAGUUACGGCUUCCUUGCGGGUGCUGGUUUUGCGCGCGGUGCCUGCGGUCAUGCAUACGUGCCGGGAUGAGACAAGGCGGGUGGCCACCGAGAUGUUGCGAGCCAUUGGACAGCAAUACCAUUGAGUGGGUCAGGAGACCUGACCUUAUGAGAUUGUAUCGGCAGGUUAAGGAGGAGCACGACGUGCCCGGCAGCCAGAGAGUUUACUGCGCCAGACCUGGCUGCGCGGCGUUUAUACCGCCUACUGGCCCACACGCCAGCGGCGACUUGAUGAGAUGCCCUGCUUGCGGUGAGGGUACGUGCCGUCUGUGUAAGAUGCCCCUACACCCAGGACGGCCAUGUCGGGAGGAGGAGGAGGACGAAAUGUUGAUGGAUAUCAUGGACCGGGACAAUCUCGCGAGCUGUCCCACAUGCAGGAGGGUGGUUGAGCUCAGGGAUGGUUGCAAUCAUAUUCAUUGCCCGCCAUAUGGCGGCCAAGAUGUUCGCGUCCCUAUGCGUCAACGACAGUUCAGAUAUCGUCAGGGACGGCAUGAAAGGGACAACACCCAGCGCAACCCAUCACAGUUGGAGCCGCCCGCGCUACAGGCCCUGUUGCCCCAGAUCCAGGGGAUUCUGCCCGCUGAGCAGCAGCAAAUAUUUGUGGCGCCGCACCCAGGUCAGAUUGAGUUAGUAAAUCAGCCGAUGCAGAAUAUCAUUGUGCAACCAAUCCCUCAAGCCGGAAAUCCUGCCAACUUUGACCCCAACUUUGGGGGUAUGCUGCCUCUGAUUCCUUGGGAUGAGCUGCCGCGAGAGGCUCGAAAUAUCGCCUUUGAGCCACAAGGCAUGGGCGUAGAAAUGGCCGGCAGACCAGCAGCUCGAGGCAGGCGAUACAGAAUUAUUCUAUUCUAUCCUGAUGGGCGAACCCCAGAACUUGGAGAUGCAAACUGGAGACGCGACAGCCUGGCCAACAGACGCCGGGUCCUCGACGGCGUUGAAGACGAAGGACGAGCGUGGCCAGAAUACGCCAUUGAGCGUGAGGACCCUGGAUGCCGACAUCAAUUACAUCAGCAGUGGGGUUUUCAACUAGAAGAAGAUCCCCCGUGUUUUUACUGCAGGUUGAGUGAUGGGAGACAGCUGUGGCGAUGCCGAAACUGCGGUGCCACGGCGUGCGAUGCGCAUCGCUUCAUGCGCUUCGGGCUGACUUGGGACCAGGCGACGCGCUUCGUCGAUAGAUUGAGGAGGCGCGUUACGGUUGAGAAUGAUUUUAGGUAUCCACAGGCAAAUUCGGCUGGUAUUGAGCGGUGGGAUCUUUUCUUCAGGAGGCAGAGGCCAAGGAGAGAGCCCCCGACAGCUCGGGCCAAUGCCCCAAUGAUGUCUUUUUCCUCGGAAGAAGAAGACCAAGUUCUCUCAGACAACCAGUCCAUCGCCUCGGAGUCCAGUGACGGCGAGGAGUUGCCCCCGCGGCCCCUGCAUCACAACUACUUUGCGCCGCCCUUCUACGGCCGCCCGCCGACGCCCUUGCCACCUUCGCCAUCCCUCACGUCGCUCUUGCGCCCAUCGCGUCCGACUACGCCUGACGCUUCCGAUGACGACUUUGAGCCCCUACCACGAGCGUCCCCCCAGGUGCCGACGUAUGAGUACUAUGGUUUCGUGCUCUAUCUCUUCUCGACCUUGACCUUUAUCGUCUAUCUGCUAUGGUCUUACUUGCCGUCCCCGUUCCUGCACGCGUUGGGAAUCUACUAUUAUCCGAACCGAUGGUGGUCGCUUGCCAUUCCCGCAUUUCUGACGAUGCUGCUCGUCUAUAUCUACAUUGCGCUCGCAGCUUACAAUGUCGAAAUCAUGACGCUGCCGCUCAAUUCCAUUGAGACGGUCGUGGACGAUGCUUCAAAGGUUGGAGUUAUCGACAGCAAGGGAAGGUUGCGGGAUGGGACGAAGAGGCGCUCACGCGAUAAAAGGGAUAACCGGUUACCAGGGGGAGGAUUAAAUUGGAAGAACAUUUGGAACGAGGGGACGGAUGCUGUAAUGGAUAUCCCGCUGGCUGGAGCCUGCGAAGUGUUGUACGGGGAGGGACGAGACUUUGAGUCAGAAGAUGAGUACAUUGUGACCUGA